AUCACUUUUAUUUCGAACGCGCCAAACACAACACUGGUCAGCCACCAAACGGAAUUUUUUUUUCUCUCUUGAAAACAAAAAAAAAUCACAAAAAGUGAAAAUAAAAAGAAAAUUUACGUGCAAUUUUCGUAAAUAUAAAGAAAUUAACUGAAAACAAAACCAAACGUGUUUUCAAAAAUAAUUAUUUGUGUGUGUGUGUUAAACUAAAUAAAUAGUUGUUGUUUUCCUUAUUUAAUUUCCUUUUCGCAAAGUUAAGAAAAAAAACUCCUUAACAACCAUGUCUAUCUCCGAUUUCCGCAAAAAGAAGUUGUUGUUCCUGUUCAAUGUAUUCUUUGAUGUGAACCAAAGUGGUGAAAUUGACAUUAAGGAUUUUGAAUUGGCCAUUGAGCGUGUUUGUACAUUACGUGGCUGGGCUAAGGAUACACCAAAGAAUAAGGAAACCCAUGCUGUCAUGUUGGAAAUUUGGGAAGGUUUACGUUCAAAAGCUGACAAGGACAAUGAUGGUCAGGUUUCCGUCGAAGAAUGGUGCAACAUGUGGGACGCUUAUGCCAAGGAUCCCAGCACUGUUAUGGACUGGCAAAAUAAGUACAUGAACUUUAUGUUCGAUCUAGAAGAUGCUUCUACUGAUGGAAGUAUUGAUGUCUCCGAAUUCGCUUUAGUCUGCUCCAGCUAUGGUUUAGAGAAGAAAGAAUGCGAAGAGGCCUUUGCUAAAAUGGCCCAGGGUAAUGAAGAAGUAACACGUGAACAAUUUGCUGCCUUGUGGGAAGAAUAUUUCUCAGCUGAAGAUCCCUCUGCUCCCGGUAAUUACAUUUUUGGCAAAACCUCAUUUUAACAACUUUAAACGGAAGCAUGAUGUUUAAAAAGAAAAUUUUGUUUCAAAACCCAAAAAAAUGAACUAUAAAACACACUGGAACAAACUCAAUUCCUUAGUAACUUUAAAAUAAAAUAAACAAAGUAUAUUAAAAAUUAUAA